AUGGAGGUCACUCAUGGUACCGACAAAGUCAGAGAGUACUGGGACCAUAUCCCAAACUACGAACACAGAGGGAUCUACCCAAUCUACAGGGUCCCAGAAACAAUCGAGCAUAUCCUGGCAAAAUGUGAGUCACCGGAAAGACAACAGAUCUGUGAUCUUACGAAAGACCUGUGGCUACGGAAAAAUGACUACUGGCCAAUGCCCUCGCUGGGCAUGGUCCUGAGCAGCGGCUCAAGGAAAUCCAAAGACCUCGACAGCAAAACAAAAGGAAUGAAGCAAGCCUUUCACAUCCUGGUCCCAGGAGUGGAUUUUCUCAUAUGGAAACUUGGCUGCGAGUGCCGAAUCGAAAGGGAAGAUAACCUAGAGCGUUGCUUUAACAGAGAUGAAAUUGCAUGGAGAUGGCGCAGCGUGAUGAACCAACAGGACCGAUGGAUGACCGACAAGCACAGGUUCGGACCUAAAGCUCGUCCUCGACACCUGGGAUGGGUUGUUAUUCGAACAAGACGGAGAGAAAUUACCGGACAACUGGAUCCGGACGACCGGGGUUCUAGUGGGUAA